CCUCUCCUGGCCUCCACAAUUCCACAAACAUCUUCGGCUUCGUGAAAGUAAAACCAUCACAGGAGUGAGUCAGAGAAAGGCUGUAAGGAAGUGUUCUCCUAAAACAACCGGCUAAGGAGGAGAUAUGGGAGUGCCCGCAUUUUACAGGUGGUUGGCAGAUCGGUAUCCACUCUCGAUCGCUGAUGUGGUGGAGGAAGAGCCUAGUAAGGGAGAUAAUGGAGUGCCUUUGCCAAUAAACUUGUCCGGCCCGAACCCUAACGGGAUAGAGUUUGAUAACUUGUAUCUGGACAUGAAUGGGAUUAUUCACCCCUGUUUUCACCCUGAAGGCAUGCCUGCCCCAGCAACUUAUGAUGAUGUAUUCAAAUUAAUCUUCAAGUACAUUGACCAUCUUUUCUCAUUGAUUCGUCCUAGAAAGCUACUUUAUAUGGCAAUUGAUGGAGUGGCUCCCAGAGCUAAAAUGAACCAACAGCGCACCAGACGUUUCAGAGCUGCUAAAGACGCUGCUGAGGCUGAAGCUGAAGAAGCAAGGUUGAGAAAAGAAUUUGAGAUCGAGGGGGCCACGUUGUCCUUGGAAAAGCCAGAGACAUCUGAUUCUAAUGUUAUCACUCCCGGGACUCCAUUUAUGACAGUGCUUUCAGUGGCUCUUCAGUAUUAUAUACAGUCAAGGCUGAAUAAUAAUGCUGGCUGGUGGUUAACAAAGGUAAUUCUUUCUGAUGCAAAUGUUCCUGGUGAGGGGGAGCACAAGAUCAUGUCCUUCAUUCGUCUGCAGCGUAACCUUCCUGGCUUUGAUCCAAACACUCGCCAUUGUCUAUAUGGUCUUGACGCUGAUCUAAUAAUGUUGUCUCUAGCUACUCAUGAGGUUCAUUUUUCAAUAUUGAGAGAGGUGAUUACUCCACCUGGACAGCAGGAAAAGUGUUAUGCUUGUGGACAAGCUGGUCAUUUGGCAGCUGAUUGUCACGGCACAAGUGCCAACCAGACUGCAAAUGCAAACAGGAAAGUUGACAUUUCUAUCCACAAGAAGUAUCAGUUGCUCAAAAUCUGGGUGUUGAGGGAAUAUUUGCAACAUGAUCUAUAUAUUUCAAACCCCCCAUUUCAAAUAGACUUUGAGAGGCUGGUGGAUGACUUCAUUUUUUUGUGUUUCUUUGUCGGCAAUGACUUUCUUCCUCAUAUGCCCACACUAGAGAUUCGAGAGGGGGCAAUCAAUCUGCUAAUGGCUGUUUACAGAAACGAGUUCGUGGCUAUGGGUGGUUAUCUCACAGAUGCGGGUGAGGUUUUUCUGGAUAGAGCAGAACAUUUUAUUCAAGCAGUUGCAGGUCACGAAGACCAAAUUUUCCGUAAGCGGGCUCGUAUACGUCAGGCAAUAGAGAGUAGUGAAGGGACAAGGUUGAGCGCAAGAAGUGACAGUAAUGGCCAGCCACAACCUCCCGAUGCGGACAAGGUGAAGCUCGGAGAGCCUGGAUACAAGGAACGAUAUUAUUCUGAGAAAUUUGCUUUGUCAAGUCCUGUGGAAAUAGAAGAAGUUAGACAAGAUGUUGUUCAGAAAUUUGUUGAAGGAUUAUGCUGGGUUUGCCGGUAUUACUUUCAAGGUGUAUGCUCUUGGCAGUGGUUUUAUCCAUAUCAUUAUGCUCCAUUUGCUUCCGAUCUUAAAGGGCUUGCAGAUUUAGAAAUUACAUUCUUCCGUGGUGAACCAUUUAGACCUUUUGAUCAGCUGAUGGGCGUCUUGCCUGCUGCAAGCUCAAGUGCUCUUCCUGAAAGUUACAGGACAUUAAUGACUGAUCCAUCAUCUCCCAUCAUUGAUUUUUAUCCAACUGAUUUUGAAUUGGAUAUGAACGGGAAGCGUUUUGCAUGGCAGGCUGUUGUUAAGUUGCCAUUCAUUGAUCAGAAGAAGUUGCUCACUGAAACAAAGAAGCUUGAAGAUACUUUGACGCAAGAAGAGCAACUGAGGAACAGUGUGAUGUUUGAUUUGCUAUAUGUCCACCCCUUACAUGUUUUGGCAUCAUAUAUCCUGGCUUACUAUCAUCAUAAUGUUUCUGUGCUUCCAAAGGAACAAGUGCCAUGGCAAAUUGAUCCAAGAACAAGUGGUGGAAUGAAUGGAUUCAUUUGGUUAUCUGAAAGAAAUGGACUGAAAAAUGUGGUUCCUUCCCCAAUCCGUGCUUUGGAUGAUAUUACUAGCAAUCAAGUUUUGAAUGUUGCCUUUCUUAAUCCUCCUCCUCAUAAGCAUAUUCCGAAACUUCAUGAAGGAGUAGUUAUACCUAAUAAGAUUCUGAGGCAGUUUGAUGUAAAACCCUUACCUGCAUUAUGGCAUGAAGAGUAUGGCUACAGGCGCCAGCUCGGAAAAGAUAGGCCCCCUGUAGCCGGUGCAAUUGCUGGUCCUACAUUGGGAGAAGCUGCACAUCGCUUGCUUAGGAACACAUUGAAUGUCGGAAAUGGAGGAAAUUCAGACUUCACAAAUUCCAAAAAUAUCCCAGGCAACAAUAUGCUAACUAAGCCAGGAGCUUUUGGUGGACCACCAGGACGAGAAGGCGGGUUUUAUGACCAAACUAACAAUCGAAGCUCAGCAGGAAACCAUGUUGGUUACCGGUCACGACCUAUGCUACAAUCUGGCCGGUUUUGUGAUGAUCCAUCUUCUUCGUAUUGUAAUUCAAGUUAUACCCCUCGUGGUGUAAUGAGCACUCCAAGCCCAAGAUAUGGACCCUCCCCCUAUGAGCUCCUAGGGAACCGCCAACACUGGAGAGGGCAAGACAGGCUUUUUCAUCAAGAUCAGAACCAUGGACUCAAGGGUGGAACGUUGGCUGCAAAUGAGUUCCAAGGAAACCGGCAAAGUUUCAGAGGGCAAGAUAGACUUUUACACCAACACGAUCAGUCCCACAGCUUAAGGUGUGGAAUGUCUGCAUUGACACUUGAAGGCAGUGGAAGAAUGAGGCAACAAACAACACUUUCUCCCAGGUUGCCCAACCUGCAGCCCCAUCCAAUUGGAAACAACUAUAUCGGCCCCCUUCCAUCACCGCCUCCUAGGUGGAUUGCACGACCUACAUUUGGCGGAGGGAUGAACUCAAAGCAGCAAGAAACCUCAAAGCAUGAGAAGCAAGUUAAAAUGAUGUAUCAGGUCAAACCCCGCCCAACCCAACAGAGUGACUGACACGGGAUCAAUCUAAUAAUGCUUUCAUGAUUCAUUCAUUCAUUAUGGAUCUAAGAUUAAUUGCUGAACUCCUAGGAGCCACUUGUAGAUCAAGACCCAAAUCCAGCACAAAUCAUUUUGAAGAAACAGAAAUGAUAGCAAAAGAUUGUCCCUUGUAAAUUUUGAUUGAGUUUACUGUGGAUAAUGUAUCUAGGAGUCCAAAAGAAAGGUUAAGAUUGUCAUGGAUCGUCUCAUCUUAGUGUGCUUGUAAAAGUUAUUGUCAAUUUAUUUGUGCGUUCGAACUUAAGCAAUAUAAGGCUACAGAAUGGAAAAUGAUAGAAGUCCUGAAGGUGUGAAAAUGAAGUCGGGUGUUUGUGUUUAUCGAAGGUGUGAAAAUGAAUCCAACUUUGACCCCGAAAUUUUGGGGGAUGUUUAUUUAUAAAUUUGAGGUUGUAGUUUCCUUC